UUUACUACGAAAACAUUAACCAAGAAUUUUAGUAUAACCGACAAAACUUCAUUGUCUGUGUAAAUAAAAACCGAGUAAUUAGACAAUAAAUAACAUAAGUCAAUAAACACGUGUGGCGUUUAUUUAUUAAUGAAUAAGAAAUUUUAUAGUUAUUUAUGUAUCAUAGCAAAAAAAGAAAAAUAAAUGAAAAUAAUUUAUGUAAAUCAUAUUUGAUUACCCGCCAAAAAAUAUCUAAAUUUGCAUGUUUGUAAAGUUAUAUUGAUUUAUAAAAAUUUUUAAAAAUGAAUGAAAAAGUUAAAAAUAGUGAUUGUGAAUUUUCUGUAUCGUUUAAUAAUGAAGAUAAAAAUAAUAACUAUACAUCAGAUUCCGAAACAGGUCUUCAAAUAGACGUUGCUGAAGUUGAUGAUGAUGAGAAUCCAUCAAAAAGACGAAGACUAGAGAUAAACGAUAUGUUAGUAUUAGAUGAAGUUGAAGAAGAGCUCGAACGACAAUUGGAUGCCAAAGCUGCCAAAACAAAUUUGACAGCUACUAAUGUUAAGAAUAUUAUUAAGCAUGUUAUUACUAACGAGCAUGUGUUAGCAAUGGUCAAUAAUAGCCUAAAUAAUUCUGAAGAAGGUGUUGUCUUUGAACCAAAAUUAACAAGAGCCAAAGCUAAAGAGCUGUCAAUUACCCAACCUAAUAUACCAUGGUCACUAACACCAGCCAAAAAACCUAAAUCAUCAAAGGUCCAAGUAUUGAUUGACCAAGAACUACCGGAAGACUCAUCUGAUGAAGAAUAUCAUCCUGAUCAAGAUCAACCCAGUGAAGAUGAAGGUGAAGGUAAUGUUACUCUAAGUGAUAUUGACUCAGAACCACCAACUCCUGUUGUUGCAUCAGUACCUGAGACAACUGUCGGAGAACCAGCUCCUGUUGAUGUACAAUAUGAUACUGAUGAACUAUUCAAAAUUCCUGGAAUUCCACAUGUUCCUACUGAAGAAGAGAGCAUCGGUCAAAGAACACGUUCUAAAUUAAGCUUGAGUAAAAUUCCAAUAGAAGAUAUUGAAAAAGCAUUUAUUCCACCUGACAUCACAAUUGAUAUGUAUGAUUGGGAUUAUGACAAGGAUCCAACUUGGACUGGAUUUUUAAAUAGUUUUACAAAUCCUGAUGCUGAAGGGGAAGAUGAUACUGAAGCUGAUCCCGAGUAUAAUAUACUUGAAGAUCGUGAUGAAGAAUUAUUGGAUAAAGAAGAAUUUCGUGCAGAUAAAGCUGUUAAAAUUACUCGCAAAGAAUUGAAUGAUUUAGUGGCAGAAAUGGUUGAAUUUGUGGAUAUUUAUUUGCCAGAAUCUAAUGAUGCGGCAAAAAAGAAAAAAUCAUUAGAUAAUUCACAAAACUCAACACAAAAUGUUCCGCAGAAUAACCUAGUGAUUGAUUAUUUACCCCAUUCAACUGACAGUGAAUUAGCCAAAGCAUUAGAUAAUGACUUUCAUUCUUUAUUAGAAGUUCAGUUUCAACAACACAUUCAACUGAUGACCCAACAUUUCCUAAUGACAUAUCAACAUCCAAAGCUGCAUGAUCACGCUGUCAUUUGUAAAAAUAAUUUAAAUAGUAUCACAAUACUUCGUAAAGAUGAAAAUUCAGCAUUUAAUGUUUUAAAUCUCGAUGAAGCCAUUGAUACUGUGCAACAAUGGGAAGAUAAAUUUGAUAAUAAAGAAUUCCGCAAGAGCAUAAUUGAUAAAAUGGAGUACGAUGCUGAUAUGGAGGAGGAUUAUCGAAAGAAAAAACGUGUAUAUAAAAUAGAACUUGACCCAGAAUUAAAAAAAUUAAUAAUGAACUCCAAAGCAUUAUUAUACCCACAACUUUUACCACAUAUACCGUUCCACAGUACAAUAAAAAUAAAUGGAAAAUUUCCGUAUCUGUCAUCAGAAAUAAAUUUGAUUGCUUUGGGAUUAUCGGACUUCUGUCCAUUUGUUGCAAGUAUGGAGAGAAAAAUUUGGAAGAAGAAAAUGUUACUUAUGGAUGCUUCUCAAUUGAUUUCACAAUAUUUGAUGCCAACUAGAAAAGCGACAGCUUUGUAUGAGAGGAUACUACUCUCUCGGGCCAGUGCAAUAGAUAAUCCAAUUAAAACUUACUUUGAAACGAACUAUGUUCCUCCUGUAGUACAUUGUUUGAACACUGAAAUUGUUAUGAGAGCACCAAAAGAUCAGCCCAUUUCAUUUUUACCUCAAAUGUGGCAGAGUUAUUUAGAAUAUAAAGAUGAUACACCAAACGAGUCAAUGGUCAAUAUAAUGUAUCUUUUGUCUUCCCCUACUGACAAUAUGAUUAUUGACUCAAGUUUUCGUACUCCAAUCGUAAAUAUGUUGAAGAGUACGAGUACACGGGAAUCUGCUGGUAAAAAAAGUGUACGACAAAAUGCCAAUAGUACCGAAAAUAAAGAAGAUUUAGAAGCUAAAAAAGCUGCAUCAAGUAGUACUUUAUCGGUACAAACUAGAAAAACUACACCACGUCUUGCGAAAAUACGGAGUGCACAGAAUAUGAAACUAAUGACUCAAGUAUCUGGAUCGAAAAAUUUAUCAAGUUGUAACAGUGAGCCUACAAAAUCUAAUAGUAAAGAUGAGUCAGCAGAAACAUCUAAAGAAUUAAUUGGAUCAUCAAAGGGAGAUAAUGAAGAUGAGAUUGCUGAAUUAAUGAUAGCUAGUACAACGAUAAAAAAAGACACCGUUAAUAGAAAAAAAGCUAAACAAGCACGAGAAUCGGAGAAUAUUAAACGUAUGCUGGAAGCUGAAAACGAAUUGGAAGAACGCGCUACAAAAUCAGCAGAGUCUUUCUUUCAACAAUUGCAUAUGACUUUAGAAUCAAGUAAUCCAGAAUUAUUACGUUUGGUAAUAAAAUUAUGUACGGAUUACAAUGAGAAAAAAGAAAAAUUAAAUGAAACUGUUAAUGAAACACGUGAGCAACAAGAAAAAACUAAUGAUUUAUUAGACCAAUUGGCAAUAAAUCUUUACAAAGAAAUUACCCAACUACUCAAAGGUUAUCCAAGUUUGUGUGACGUUUUUCUUUUAUUUUUAAAAUCACAUCAAGCUGCAAUGAUAAAUAAAUUAGAAGAACACAUGAUGUCACAAAAAAUGCAGGAAUUUAUAAAUGCAGCGCAAGUUUAUUUUGCUAAACAACCAUCGCGAAUGGUGAGAAUUAUUCAAGCGUUAACUCAAUUAACCGCUGAAACAAAUUUAACAUUAGAAUCAAUCCAUGCUAUAAUGGAUCCAAUAUUAAAGGGGCAUACACUUAUUAUUGAUAUGUUUCAGCAGAUUUGGCCUACCGGUAAACCACCCCAAUGUUUAUUUUCAUCCGAGUUAUUUGAAAAUUUAACGUGUCCAGUAUUACCGCAUGAUAAAAAUCGUAUUUUUACCGAAGAUUCACCGGAAUUGUAUGAAAAUAUUGAAUUACCAACACCAGCAAUACAAGAUGAUCCUUACGGUGGUGAUAAUUGUAAAUGUAACUGUCACGAUACCAAUGAACCCCAUUUAAAAACACGUACAGAGCAUUGUACAGUAUGUGGAUUAAGAUAUCUUAAUGGUCGUUUGUAUUUACAAACGUCUGAGGGAUUGAGACCGGCAAAAGUUGAGUUUCCUGGUGAUGAAGAAGAAAAACUUGAAAAUUUAUCGCGUGUUUCACUUAAAACAACCGAUAAAACUGCACCGGCGGCUGUGCCAUCGACAAGCAGACGACGUAAAUCCUCGAAGAAUGAUAUAAAUACUGAUGAACUCGCGCAAAAACAAUGCCUAUUAAAGACUUCACCUGUUAAAGACAAUGAUGACAGUGAUCGAGGAACUUCCAAGAGCAAACGUGGUGGUAAAUCACCUCCCAAGUCACUUGAACACAGGCGGCUUUCCAAGUCUACUGAGAGCAAUGCUAAUUCAAAUGUUCUAGUGUCAUCGUCAUUAUCGUCUGCUACUACUACUGCUACUACUUCCACUAAUACAACUUCAACUGUUCUUACCACCACUGCUAAUGAAGUAACUUCUCCGCUUAAAAGUAAGCGUGAAAAACGGGCUGAACGGAGAGAGGCGAAGGCUGAAUCGAAAAAUGUUACAUUUGAAUUGAAUAAAUUCAAUGAAAUGCCUGCUAUCGUUAAUGAUCAACAUGACGAACCUGGUAAAGAAAUUAAAAGUGAUAAUGAAGAGUUUAUUGGGAUGAACGAUUGCAAUGAGGAAAAUAAUUUAACUGAUGACACAACAGAUAAUUUAACUGUUGAUCCCAGUAAUGAGAGUAUGUCUGUUGAUGAUUCAAUAAAUAAUAAUCCCUGGACUAGACAAGAAGAUGCUUUGCUUCUUCAACAUAUGCAAAAAGAUUAUUCGGAGAAUUCUUUUGUUACUGUCAGUGAAAUUUUGGGCAAUCGUACAGUCGAAGAGGUAAAAGAUCGUUGUCAAACGUUACUUUCAUUACUUGAAAAAAUAUUAUGAGUAAUAGAUAAAAUAAAUCAAUUGCAAUUAGAUAGAAAAUUUUCAAUUUAAAAAUUUUUUAAAUCUUAUCUUCGUCGCAGUAACAUCGAACGAUUUGAUAUCGAAUUUUGAAUACUCAUUGUAAUUAAUUUUUUGAGCAAAGAAAAUUUCGGGUUUUUUCGAUAAUAAUAUCGAGAGUAUUAUUGUUGUUAUUAAUUACAAAAUCACUCAGGAAGCGUAACAGUUAAUUUGGUGGCUAUCUAGACUUUAAAUCUAGAUCUUUGAUGAAAGUACGAGUCAUUAUCAACGUGCCCGGCAAAAAGUGUAGAGCUACGGCUCUAAUUUUUUUUUUUUUUCAUGUCUAUUAAACAUUUAAAAAACUGGUCUGUCACGCCUAUGUCGGGUAAUAUAAACUCUGAAGUAUUAAUUAGUGAUUAAAAAGUUUUUUAUAAAAAAUGUUAGCAAUAUUAUUUAGUUAAUAAUAAUAUUAUUAUUAAAAUUGUUACUUUUGUAAGAGAUUUAAAUAAAUAUUUAUCUGUAGUUUUUUUUCUAAAUUUUUGUAUAUAAUUAAUUUCAAAA